AUGGGGAGUCGCCUGGGGGUCGCCGCCCACCAUGGGGCUGCCAGGGCUCGCCACACGCCAUGGGGAGCCAGCGUCCUUGCCAAGCGCAGAGGCGGCCACUGGCCCGACGGCGUCGUCCAUCAUGGGUCGGUUGCUGGCAUAGAGAAGAAGCAUGCAUAUUUUGGGAUGCCUGCAUCUUGCAACGGCAUCAAUGUGCUCGACCGGUCACCUCUGUUUGCCAAGUUAGCAAAUGGAGAAGCACCACCAGUGACCUUCGAUGAAAAUGGCCGCACAUACAACUAUGGGUACUAUAUUGCAGAUGGGAUCUACCCAAGGUGGAGUAUAUUUGUCAAGCCGGUUGCAAAACCCGAAGGUAAGAAAGAACUCGUCUUUCACAAUGCACAAGCGGCCGCUAGAAAUAAUGUUGAGAUGGCUUUUGGGAUUUUGCAAUCUCAAUUUGCUAUUGUGCGAGGACCAUCUAGAUUCUGGGAUCAAAAUAUCCUUUGGUACAUCAUGACUGCUUGCAUGAUUAUGCAUAAUGUGAUCAUUGAGAAUGAGCAUGGAAAAAAUUUAGAUUAUAACUUCUAUCACUUGAUGGGCAUUCCUGUAAACCCCAUGCGAAAAGAACAGUGGAUGAACAGUGGAUCAGAUGUUUCAUGA